AUGGCCAACUGGGGACCUGCUUAUGGACUGAGCUGGGAGGUACAGCAGAAAAUUGAGAAGCAGUAUGAUGCCGAUCUGGAGCAGAUCCUCAUUCAGCGGAUUACCACGCAGUGCUACCGAGAUGUUGGGCGGCCCCAGCCUGGGCAAGAGAAUUUCCAGAACUGGUUCAAGGAUGGCACGGUGCUGUGUGAGCUCAUCAAUGGGCUAUACCCUGAAGGCCAGGGCCCGGCAAAGAAGAUCCAGGCUUCAGGCAUGGCUUUCAAACAGAUGGAACAGAUUUCUCAGUUCCCGCAGGCAGCAGAGCACUAUGGCAUCAAUGCCACUGACAUCUUCCAAACUGUGGGCCUCUGGGAAGGAAAGAAUAUGGCCUGUGUGCAGCGGACACUGAUGAACCUGGCUGGACUGGCAGUGGCUCGGGGUGAUGGGUUCUUCUCUGGAGAUCCUAAUCUGGAGAUCCCUAAGAAGUCCAAGGAGAAUCCCCGAAAUUUUACAGAUAACCAACUGUAG